CGCCCGUCCCUCAGUCGCCUCGGCCCCGCCUCAGCCGGGGCGCGCCCUCCGACCGAGGUGGGCGCAACCGCUGAGUCGCCGGCGGCUGGGCGCUGCAAAGCAUCCUGGGAGAACGCGCUCGCGCCGGAAGGUCGCGCGAGCGCGCGCCCGCGCGGCGGCGAGGUUAUAAAAGGGAGCAAGGCGGCGGCAGGCGGAAGUGGGCGGUUCGUCGGCGCCUUGUUCUGUUGUUUGGUGUUUCGGCUUCUGGAGGGGCGUUCUCGGGAGGGCCGCCGGUGCAGGCCGCGCUGACAGGGCCGCUCGUCGCUUCGCUCUAGGCGCUGUGCGCUCGUGCUCUCCUCGUCCCGCAGGUUCCCAACAUGGCGCAGGAGGUGGCCGAGUACCUGAGCCAAAACCCGCGAGUAGCCGCCUGGGUGGAGACGCUUCGCUGCGAGGGCGAGACGGACAAACACUGGCGCCACCGCCGGGAAUUUCUGCUUCGCAAUGCCGGGGACCUGGUCCCCGCGACCGAGGAGACUGCGGACGCGGAGAGCGGAACCCGCGGCCGGCAGAUCCAGCAGCUCGUCUCCUACUCCAUGGCUUGGGCAAACCAUGUCUUCCUGGGGUGCCGGUACCCUCAAAAAGUUAUGGAUAAAAUUCUUAGUAUGGCUGAAGGCAUCAAAGUGACAGAUGCUCCAAUCCAUACCACACGAGACGAACUGGUUGCCAAGGUGAAGAAAAGAGGGAUAUCGAGUAGCAAUGAAGGGGUAGAAGAGCCAUCCAAAAAACGAGCCACAGAAGGAAAAAACAAUUCUUCAGUUGAGCGAGAUCAUGGGAAAAAAUCUUCCAAAACAGAUCGUUCAGCAGCUCAGCAAGAAAACAGUUCUGUGUCCAGGGGGUCGUCCACCAAAUCAGAGGGUAGUGGGACCUCAGGUCGGAGCAGCUCCAGUGUCUCCCAUCAGAAUAGUUCCACAAGUGAUGGAGAUAGAUCUGUUUGCAGCCAAAGCAGCAGCAAUCCCUCUCAGGUAACAACAGCAGGAUCUGGAAAAGCUUCUGACCCAGAAGCUCCAGAUAAACAUGGUUCAGCAUCAUUUGUUUCUUCACUGUUGAAAUCCAGUAUGAAUAGUCAUAUGACCCAAUCCACUGAUUCCAGACAGCAAAGUGGAUCACCUAAAAAGAGUGCUUUGGAAGGUUCUUCAGUCUCAGCUUCUCAGAGCAGCUCAGAGAUUGAGGUGCCCUUGUUGGGUUCCUCUGGAAGCUCAGAAGUAGAGUUGCCAUUACUGUCUUGUAAGUCUAGUUCAGAGACAGCUUCAAGUGGGUUAACAUCCAAAACUAGUUCAGAGGCAAACAUUUCAUCAUCAGUUUCUAAAAACAGUUCCUCAUCGGGCACCUCUUUACUAACUCCCAAGAGCAGUUCAACAAAUACAUCACUGCUGACAUCCAAAAGCACUUCUCAAGUAGCUGCAUCACUGUUAGCUUCCAAAAGCAGCUCCCAGAGCAGUGGAUCUGUGGCUUCCAAAAGCACUUCCUUAGGAAGCAUGUCUCAGCUAGCUUCUAAGAGUAGUUCUCAGAGUAGCACUUCACAGUUGCCUUCUAAAAGUACCUCACAGUCCAGUGAGAGUUCUGUCAAAUUCGCUUGUCGAAAGUUAACCAAUGAAGAUAUAAAACAGAAGCAACCUUUCUUCAAUAGACUGUAUAAAACGGUGGCAUGGAAGUUAGUAGCAGUCGGUGGCUUUAGCCCCAGUGUGAAUCAUGGAGAGCUGCUGAAUGCAGCUAUUGAGGCUCUGAAAGCAACACUCGAUGUGUUUUUUGUCCCACUGAAAGAACUAGCAGAUCUGCCUCAAAAUAAGAGCUCUCAAGAAAGUAUUGUUUGUGAAUUGAGGUGUAAGUCAGUGUAUUUGGGCACUGGCUGUGGAAAAAGCAAAGAAAAUGCAAAAGCAGUUGCAUCGAGAGAAGCACUGAAGUUAUUUCUCAAGAAGAAGGUGGUGGUAAAGAUUUGUAAACGGAAGUACAGAGGCAGUGAGAUAGAAGAUCUGGUACUCCUCGAUGAAGAAUCCAGACCCGUCAACUUACCUCCAGCACUGAAACAUCCUCAAGAAUUACUGUAAUUUCUCCACGUUAUCACUGCAUCCAGUAUCUGGUAUUUGAAGAGAAAAACUGGCUUUUAUAUAAAACACUGGCUUUCACAGAUUUUAUAUUGCUUUUUUCCAGUUUUGCAGAAAAUUUAAAUUGUAGUUCUCUUCAUUAAAGUAGAGCUGUAAAUAAUUUAUGAAUGACAGUGCAUAUUAAAAGGUAUACAUUGACAGCAUACCAGUGUGCUGUUUUAUUUGCUGAGGAAAAUACUGUCUUCUAUUUUUAAUGAUAUAUUAGGUACGAUGUGUAGUUCUGUAGAAUCUUAAAAAUUUUUGUACUACUACCAGUUUGGUAGAAAUGUAUUAAGUUGUCCACCAUGCUUUUUUUUUUUUCUUCUAACUUGAUUAAAUCCCAUAAAGGAAAGGGGACCACAGUAUUUGAAUGUGUGAAAAUGUACAACUUAAGGUUUUAAGGAUGUUGCUCAUAGUAUUGAACAUCACUUAAAGAAUAAGAAUAGUUGCCUCAAACUAUUUUCAUGAGAAGCUGUAAACUUUUUUUUUUUUUAGAUGUAAAGCAGUAUAAAGUACUUAUUGUUAUUUUAUUCUGAAGUUGUUUAAAAUUCACCAUGAUUUGACUGCCGCAGAUUCUUAAGCAGGUUAAUUUAUGUUUUGAGGUAAAAUGCAAUUUACACUUUCUUAAAACAUAAUGUUGGUUUCUAUAUUAAGCAUAUUUUGUGACUACUAUGAAUAAACUAAUUGUUUAGAUAUUAAAUGCUUUGAGCUAUUUUACCUUUUCAAGAAGUUGUGUUUUUUUUCUCCCACCCUGAAGUCAUAACUAAGUCUUGUAAGUUGGCUCCUCACUACUAUUCAUAGUAAACUACAACCAUGUAGUUUUCAUAGUAUAAUACACAUAUUUUUAUAAAUAGGGAAGUUAAAAGUUUAUAUCUAGAACCAGGUGGUUUUUGUAUUUUCAGAUUUCAGAAGAAUGUGGAGAAGACUAGAGAGCCAUGGUCAGUUCUUUAAUGAUUGUGUAUUCAUGUUAGUAAUGAAGUAGAAUCUUGUUUCUGUGUCUUAGGUGAUUCUAUUAAAGUCUGGUCCAAGGUGUAUGACUUCUGGCCUUCUGGCUUUCUAGGAGCUGCACACUGAACAGUAACAGAGAUAGUAUAUGGAAAAAAGACCUCAUACUCACUAGUUGUAUUGGUAUUGGAAGGUUGAACAUAAGCACAAUUUCAGUGUGUAAAAAUUAUUUUGUAGUUUAGGAAUAAUAAAGAUGCUUAGUUUCCUGAGCUUGAACUGAAAUAAUCAGGGAUGUUUGUAUUUUGCUAGAUAACAUUUUUAAAUUAUUUGUUUUUUGAGAAUGGCUUAUUGGAUACCAGAGCAAAAUCUAUAUUCUGUAAAUGGGCUGCCUUUAUAUAUUGUGGAAAGCAAUAACAUAAAUAGAUUGUAAAAUACACCUUCAAGUUCCUUCUGUUGUAUAUUUUGUAAACUAAUGCUUACCAGAAAAGUAAGCAAAAAAAUUCGAUUAAAUACAUUUCUGAAAUACA